AUGGCGAAUGUUAAAAUGAAACAAACAAGGGAAGAGAGGUUAGAAAAAAAGCGUCAAGCUGAAAAAUUACGCUACCAAAGAAUAAAAAACGAUCCGGUUAAAAAUGCCGAAUUAAAAGAAAAAGAAAGGCAGCAAUAUAAAAAGAAAAAAGAAAAGGGACAAGUUAAGAGCAUAAAUGAUAUGACUGAAAGGGAACAAAGGGCUGUUAAAAAAUAUGGAGAGAGAAGACUAAAAAGCAUAGAGAUCGCG